GCGCCCCACGCUGGGCCAUGGGUGGUGCCCCUCGCCGAGGAGUGGCCGAGGGUGUGCAUUGUUGGAACCCGCCCCAGCCUGUGGUCCUGGCGCCGCGGUGUGUGUGUGUGUGUGAGUGGGAAGAUACCACAACAAUGGCUGCAGGGCUGCCGCGGAGAAUAAUCAAGGAAACUCAAAGGUUGAUGGCGGAACCUGUGCCUGGCAUCUCAGCGGUACCAGAUGAGACCAAUGCUCGAUAUUUUCACGUAGUAGUCGCAGGUCCAGAAGGGUCACCAUUUGAAGGCGGUGUAUUUAAAUUAGAAUUAUUUUUGCCGGAAGAGUAUCCUAUGAGUGCCCCUAAAGUCAGAUUUAUGACGAAAAUUUAUCAUCCCAACAUAGAUAAAUUAGGAAGAAUUUGCCUUGAUAUUCUUAAAGAUAAGUGGAGUCCAGCACUGCAGAUUCGUACAGUAUUACUGUCUAUUCAAGCACUUCUUUCUGCACCCAACCCAGAUGAUCCCUUAGCUAAUGAUGUUGCUGAACUGUGGAAGGUUAAUGAGUCUGAAGCUAUUCGCAUUGCAAGAGAGUGGACACGUACGUAUGCCAUGGGGAACUAGUGCUUGCCUUUACAUAAUUUUUUUUUUUUGUAUAAAAAUAUGAUUUCUCAGGAUGUUGAGGAAGGAGAGCCUAGCUAAUGUAACACUGAACCAACACCACCGGCAUGAGCCACUAAAUCACUGGGAUUGGCUUCCCCUGCCAACAAGAGCUGCUGAGUGGGUGACUUGUAGUCCUUGAAUGUUGUCCAAAGGCUGUCACCUGCUCUGGGCUCAGGCCAUCUUAUAGAAAUAAAGGCAGACUUGGUGGCUUCAUGGGAUGUAUCUAUUGAGCUUGUGAUGGCUUAUUUGCCACAGACUAAGACUUUUCUAAAGUGGAAAACAGGUGAUUUUUUUUUUAAUUUUGGGCCACAACAAAUUAUUUUUUUCUUAUGUUUGUUCUAGUCUUCUUUCGGGGAUGUCUUCAAGUGGAAGGUUAUCACAUGGGAUUGACUACCCUUUCAGAUAGGUGAGGAAUUCCAUUAGCAUGAAUUUUGCGUGAUUUUCACAAUAUCAACACCUAUCUUCAUUUGUCCCCUUCAUGUUAAUUUCAUUUAUAUUGGGGUGAUAUUGAAGAAACAUCAUGUUUUUUGGCCCUGUAUCUACAGUGCCUUUUGUCUGCUUUAUCUAUACUGCAAAGCUUUUAAAUAUUAGGAGUUUCACUUAUAUGUCACAUUGAAAGUGAAAGAUGAGCCACUGCAGCACAGGGCCAGAGAACAUUUCAGCAUCACAUUGACAUGUAUAGCUGUAUUUUUGUGGGUAACAUAACUGUCAAUUAAGCACUUAAUUCUGAUAUAUAAUGUGUUAAGUGUACUACAGUUCAGAAUAAACCUUAUGUGCAAACUUACGUACUGUAUGUCCCAAAAUGUUGAUUAUUUUGAAUUUUUUGUAUUAACUUGUAUUUUAACUCAUAUCGCAUUCAAGUUUUGUUAUUUAUGUGUGAAAACUAUUUAUUUUCAUCACCAAAGAAAUAAUCAUAAACUUUACCAUGAAUAAUAAUCCCUCCUGAUGAAGAAGUGUUCAGAAAGUGCACAGUGCACUGAAAAAACAGAUUAAAUUAAAAGGUAAAACAAUGUCAAGUUGUGGUGCCUGUUAGGGUAACAGAUUAUAAAUAGGGUUUUCAUUGCAAUUAGAAUGAACUUUGAAUGUGAGAUCAUCUCCUGCUACUGUUUUAAGUUUGUUGUUUUGCAAGAUAAUUUGGGACAUGUAGCACAUUGUGGUAUCUACAGAAAUACUGCCCUAGAACCAUAUGAAUGUCCUAUGUAAAUGACUCAUUCCAUAUAGUGUGUAUUAUUAAUAGGCCUUAUGAUGGAUAUCAUCUUGCAUUACUUUGUUUUGUCACACCAUCAUAAUAAGACUGUAUUAAUGCUUGCAGAAAAGAAAGAAAAUUGGCAAUGUUUCAAUCUGAAGUGAAAUUUUGUAUGCUGCUUAGGAGUAAAGACUAAUAUAUAA